AUGAAAAACAAAUGUAUUCAAACAGAUAUCAGUUAUUUUAGAAGUAAAACUGAUUAAACGUAAACAAUCGAUCAUGAUUUUGAAUAAGCAUCGCAAUGGUAGAGUUAUCCUAGAAUGAUUUCAAUUAAAGAAUAAUUUUUGCAAUUGCAAGACAUUUACCCUUAUGAUAUUCAUUUGAAUUAUGAAAAAGAAGAUUCAAUUCAAUUUCAAUUACAAUUAAAGAGCUUUUUGGAUGAGCAAUCUACAUCAUAAAUUGUGCUUUUGAUCAAAGGUCCCGCAUUUUCAAUUGAUGUAUUAUUUAAUUCAACAUUUUUGCAAGAUGAGAAAUAAGAAAUCCUAAAUUUGGUUUCUGAUUGCUCAAAUUAGAAUCUCUUGGAAACAAUAAUCUAAUUAGAAACUAAGUUAACUGAAAUUGAUAAAGAAUUUAUAAAAAGAAGAGCAGUAAACUAAUUUAAAUUUGUAAACAAUUAUUAAUAAGUGGAAUAAUACAAUGAACUUUAGAUUACAAGGGGUAUAUCAAACGUAUUUGGAAGUGUGAGUGAAGAUUUAGACAUGAAGUAAUCUGUUCUUGGUUUUGACAUAAUCAAGGAUCAUCUCGUUGAGAAGUAUGACAAUCCAGAACCUCAAUUCAACCCUGUUUCUACAGUACUUCCAAUAGAGCAACUGUCUCAGUUAUAAGCGUGUAGUUUCUCAAGAUUUUAAUAAGACUUUGAUGAGAUACAACUUAUAGGAAGUGGAGGUUUUGGCAAAGUGUUCAAGUCUCGAAACAAAUUCGAUGGGAACUAUUAUGCUUUAAAGAGGAUAGUCUUGGAUUACUCGAAUAAGAAAUUAACCGAAAAAACUAAGAACGAAGCCGUUUUAUUGUCAAGAAUCCAACACACGAAUAUUGUGAGAUAUUAUCAAGCAUGGACUGAAGAAUACAUUAAGGAUUAAUAUGAAAACAUUGAAGACGAUGAAGAAUUUGUGGAAGAUUCUGAAGAGGAAUCCGAGGAGGAUGAUCCAUAGAUGUUGAGGAAGGGUAGCAGCAUUAGUUAAGAAGAAUAUUAUGAAGAGGAUACAUAAUUUGAAGAUUAAGAAAACAACGAUAUGGAUUUUCAAAUAGAGUGGGUUAAUUGUGAUCCACAAAUUCAGGAAGAGUCCAUUCAAACUCCAGAAGUCAAACCUCAUGAACCAAAAUAGAAUAGUAAUAAACAAUUACUCUACAUUCAAAUGGAGUAUUGCACAGGGGAUACUUUAAAGAAGAAGAUUGAUGAACGCAAUCUCACUUCAGAACAAAAGAAGAAGAUCAUUCGACAAAUCCUGGAUGCAUUGUACUAUCUACACAGAAACAAUAUCAUUCAUCGUGAUCUCAAACCUCAAAACAUCUUUUUGGAUGGAGAUCUGAAUGUCAAGUUGGGUGACUUUGGUCUGGCUACAGAAAUGAAGCAGGAGAUCAAAUUCAUUGAUCACAAACUGAUGAGGAAUUCCUCGACGAUAUAGAACAAUCAAAGUUAAAAGUUGAGUUUGACUUCAGGAGUUGGUACCUUCUUAUACUUGGCACCUGAAUAGGAACAGAGCCAAUAUGAUUCCAAGGUGGAUAUAUACUCUCUAGGCAUCAUCUUAUUCGAGAUGUAUUAUCCCUUCAAGACGGACAUGGAACGAAUCAACUACAUCACUCAACUAAGAGAAUCAUGCAAAUUUCCAAAGGACUUCGAUCAAAAGGUCGGUAUGGCAGAUAAUGAAAUUAGAGAGAAGAUAACUGCUCUAGUGAACAAGGAUCCUUAAAAACGCCCUGCCACUUAGAGUCUCCUUAAUGAAUACAAAGACAAAAGAGUUUAAUAGGUAAUUAGAUCUAUUGCUAAUCCUAAUUGUCCUGAUUUUAAUGAGUUAGUUUAAACACUUUUUGAAUGUAAACAAUUAAAAUAAUAAAAUAAUUUCUUUACUUCCUGUCUAGAGGAAGCCAUUAGUUAAAGUCCUACCCUAUUUUUUAAAAAUUUUCAAUCUGGGAUCAUAGAACUAUACACAAGAGUUGAAAAGAUAUUUAAACUCAGAGGAGCAUUUUAAUUGAAUCUUAAUCCCCUUAUUCCUACACAAAACACCUUGAAGUUUUCAUCAAUCUUUGGUCAAGUGGAGGAGUAUGAAAACUGUCCUCAUCAAAAUUCAAGUUUCAGAUACAUCACCCAAGAAGGAGAACUGGUGUAAUAUUGUCAGAAUCUGCUGUAGCCAGUGAUUUAUUGGUUGAAGUUGCUUCCGAUUAACAAUUUAAGAAGAUACACUUUAGGAGAAGUCUAGCACUCUGAUAGGCUUCAACUCUCGAAACACAACUGUGCAUCAUAUGACAUAAUUUCAGAACAAGAUCCAGGACCAGCGAAACUAAUUGAAUUAUUAAGUAUCUCCAGACAUGUGAUUAAUUAAUUUCAUAAUGUGAAUAAUUUCGAAUUGAAAAUCAGUCACACUUAAUUCUUUGAAUUAAUUCUAUUAGAAUUAGAUUUCAAUUCCCAAACGGUAAUAAGAAUGUUGAGACAUUAAACCAUUUUACAGAAGAUUGUAAAGCUCAAUUCCAUCAUUAAUCGUAGUCAACAAUACAGAGAUUUGGAAAAGGAGAUUUUUGUAAUCUUGAGUGAAGAGUUCAAUUUCACUGAUGACAAGGCUGAUAAGUUCCUGGGAUUCAUGAAAUUGAAAAUACCCUAGAUCUAUAUGAACGAGACGCAUCAAUAAAUGAAAAGUAGUGAAAGUGGUCGGAAAACCCAAGAGCCUAAACAAAAGAGAACUUUGAGAGAAUAGUUGAAGGGUUACUUUACAAAACAAGAGGCAAGAUUCUAAGAGAUCAUAAGUGAAAUUGAAAAGUUUGAAGAACUCGCUAAGGAAACCAAAGUCUUGUGUGAUUUUAAGAUAGUGUAUGAAGUGUUCUAAUUGAACGAAUUAUGGUAUUAUUAUUCUGGAAUUUGUUUUGAGGUAUGAUAUUGAGAUAAUAUAAAUUAGUUUGUUGAGAUUACGAAAGAGUUAACCAAUUUAGGUAAGAAUAUGCAACUUGAGAUUAUACAUUCAAGAUCUGAACCUGUUCCCAAAAACAAGUAUAUAUAAUGUUAAUUCAUUAGUUGUAUGAAACGACAUUAGAAGGGUAAUAUUGACAGUUUCAUCAUCGGGGGCAAUUACAGUCAUUACAUAAAUAAUAAGGAGAAUGGGAAACACGCUUGUGGGAUUCAGAUAUACAUGGAUUAAUUCUAUUAUCGAAAGUUUGUUAAUCAUUUGAACAACAAUUUGAGUGGGAGAGAAUAAAAAACAUUUGAUCUCUUCAAUUGGCCUGAUUCUUUAAUUAAUUUUAAGAGUCUGACCUUGAGUGUGUUGAUUGUGGUGGAGGAUUUGUCGAUGAAACAUGCUUUGGAUUUGGCUGUUCGUUUUUGGAAUCAUGGGAUAGCUGUAAAUCUAUAUUGUAAUUGUGAUAGACGAUGAUUGUGUCCAGUAAGAGCAUCAACAAUUCGGCUUGGAGUUAUAAGAGGUCUGUGGAGAUCAAGUUGAGUCUAUCCAAGAAAUUCAACGAGGUGAAGUGCAUAAUGAAGAGGUACAGGGAGAAGAAGGAGGAGGAGGUUCCAUAUCUGGAGAUCUUCUAAAAGACCAACAGUUAUUUGAGGGAGUAUGUGAAGAAUGAGAGUGUUGAAUAUAAAAUCAGUAAGAGAGCAUAAUCAAAAUAAAAGUAGUGAUUAUUAUUAACGACGAUAAUUUAAUAAAUGCAUUUGAAUUUUUUUUGGUCAUUAUUUAAUUUUUAAUAAAAAAUUUGAAAAAAGAAGAUUGGCAAUGGUUUUAAAAAUAUUUAAGUCAUUAUUAGUCAAGAACAGGACCAAAGAAUCAAGUGCUAUUCGACGGGGAGAAGAGGAACUCAAUAAGAACUUACAAUGGUAUCACUGUUCUUUGAGACAAUAGAUAAUGUGAACAACAGACAGGGAUUCAAAAUAGGAUGGGACGUUGAUCAAACAAGAAAGGAGGAUUUGAAAAUUGCAGGCAAAGUAGGUUAAGAUCAGAGAAACAACAAUGCUAAUGCCGCCUACCAAGCAAAUCCAUAUCAAGCCUAAUAAGUAAAUAUUAACAAUAUCAGUAAAAGUAGGACGACGAUUAUAUGAAGUAAAUGUACUACCAAGAGAUGAGCAAGAAGUAAGAAUAAGCUGGAAUCUAACACAAACAGUCAGAACAGUUUUAUUAAGAUUCUCUCGACCAAUACAAUAAUGGAAAGCCAUAUGGAAAUUACAACUAUAACAACUAAGACAAUCUUAAUCACGAUUACGAACACUAACAACCAUAACUAUUGUAACAAUCCAAUAAAUACGAUCAUUAUCAAUAACCCAAUGAUGACGAGGCUCUCUAUCAAAAAGUAUAACAGUUAUUUAGAGUAUCUAGUACAAGCAAGGAAAUAGUGGCAAUAAAUCAUACUCCGCAAAACCACCAGUUGCUCAAUACAAUCCAAUCACUGGAGUCGCCUAUGCCAAUCAGAAUAACUAUAAUCAAGAUGUCACUAAUAAUUAUUAAGGGGCUGCCCAUUAAAAAACUAACCCCUAUGAACAACCUUAAUAAGAUGAUGCUCUCAGCCAAUUUAGUUAAUGUAUGAGACUCUCUCCUAAAAUUAUUUAGUACAAUAGCAUAAAAUCACUUCCAUUAAAAACAAGAGUUCCAAUAUCUUUAAUGUCGAUCUCCAAGAAACUGAGAACAUCAACAAUACACGAUAAAAUAGCAGAGUCUUGAAUCGAAAGAAAGAAUUGGAUGAUGCAUAAUACAAGGGCUAUGGUAAGUAUCUAUUAUUAUGGUAGGACAAUUUUAUAAGACUCCUGUUGAAUAGGCUCCAACUCAAUACAAGGAAUAGAAAUUUGUUAACAGAAACAAAGUUGACAACCACAUAUUUCCAAAAUGA